CAGACCAAGCUGCCGUUUCAGCCUGGAGGGCGGGCAGGCGGCUGCGGCGGCCCAACCCUCCCGUGGCGGCCCUUGGCUCCCCAGGCAGGCAUGGCGGCCUCCACCGCCUCACACCGGCCGAUCAAGGGGAUACUGAAGAACAAAAGCUCCACUGGUUCCUCAGUGGCUGCCUCUGCCCAGCAGUCGGGAGGGACAAUACAGGAGGUCCAGAGAAAAAAGUCCCAGAAAUGGGAUGAAUCCAACAUCCUGGCAACACACCGGCCUGCUUAUAGAGACUAUGACUUCAUGAAGAUCAACGAGCCCAACAGCCCCUACUUCAGCCCGCAAGACGAUGGAGAAGAUCCAGUGAAUGAUUCUGAAGCAAAGGAAGCCAUGACCCCAGACAACUUAGCCAAGAAAUUCGCCGCCAGUGGUACCUCGGAAUUGAACUGCCAGUUGGGAGAGCCGGAGAGUGACGGAGCACACAGCAGCAAGAUCCUUCUCGACAAGCAAGAAAAGCAGCGGCAGUUCGAAAUGAAAAGGAAACUACACUACAACGAAGGCCUGAACCUCAAGCUGGCUAGACAACUCAUCUCCAAAGACCUCCAACAUGAGAAAGACAAGGAUGACAAUGAAGAAACUCUACAUAGUGACAACAACGAAGACAACACUACUGCGGAAGAACCCAGUGAAGUUCCUACGAAAGACGAACUGCAAUCCCAGGCAUUCUGCACCUAG